AGAAAACGACCUCAGAGCCUGGGAGUAUCCCACCAAAACCCGACCAAUGUCCACAGGAGCCGCGGCUGAGAAGCUUCCAAACAGUGUCAGCAUCGCAGUUGGGGCCGGCGAUGACUUGCAAAAAGUGAAGGGCCAUCCCCAAGGAGCCAGAAUCAACGCUCAGAACGGCGAUUCCGCCAAACAAAGCACCAGAACUAAGAAAACAGCUAUUGUCUACAAGAAACCAGAAUGGUACAUCCUUGCCAUAUAUGAUGUCAUGUUAUGGUUGCUUUCCGUCAUUUUCGACUGUUUCUUCAGAGAGAUCAGACCCCGUGGUGCCUUCAGAUUGCCCAAGUCCGGGCCCGUAAUCUUCGUAGCAGCUCCGCAUGCAAAUCAAUUCGUUGAUCCCAUCAUUCUCAUGAACCAAGUCAAGCGUGAAUCGCAAAGAAGAAUCUCGUUCUUGAUUGCCGAAAAAUCUUAUAGACAGGCUUUCAUUGGUCACUUGGCCAAAUGCCAGUUGGCUAUUCCAGUCGUCAGAGCCCAGGACACCUUGACUAAGGGUACCGGUAAAAUCUACGUUGAUUUCAAGAACAGCCCUUUGAAAGUCACUGGUAAGGGUACCAAGUUUACCACCGAGUGUACAGUCAAGGGAUUGAUCGCUUUGCCUCAAUCUCUUGGUGCUUCGGAAAUCACGGAAAUCAUUUCAGACACCGAGUUAGUUAUCAGAAAGGAGUUCAAGAACACAGAAAAGAUCAAUAGUUUACUCUCUCAGGGUACCUCUUACAAAAGGGCCGACAAGAUUGAUCAAAAGCAAGUGUACCAGUUGGUCUUCGACCAUUUAUCUGAUGGUGGAUGUAUUGGUAUCUUCCCAGAAGGCGGCUCUCAUGAUAGAACCAAUUUGCUUCCAUUGAAAGCAGGUGUUGCCAUCAUGGCUCUUGGUGCUAUGAGCAACGAUCCUAAUUGUAAUGUUACCAUUGUUCCUUGUGGUAUGAACUACUUUAACGCUCAUAAGUUUAGAUCGAGAGCUGUUAUAGAGUUCGGAAACCCCAUAGAAAUCCCCAAGGAAAUGGUUAAGAAGUACUCUAAUCCCGAGACCAACCGUGAAUCGGUCAAAGAAUUGUUGGACUUAAUCCAGACUGGUUUGAAGUCGGUCACAGUUACUUGUGACAACUACGAAACUUUGAUGGUUAUUCAAGCUGCCAGAAGAUUGUACGCCGGAAAUUUUGCUCAACACUUGCCAUUACCUUUGGUUGUUGAAAUGAAUAGAAGAUUGGUGCAAGGAUACCAACACUUCCAGUCUGAACCUAAAGUGCAAGAAGUGAAAGAAAAGAUCUUGAACUACAACCAGAUGUUGAAGCACUUGUAUUUACCUGAUCACCAUGUUGAAGAAUGUGAUGAAUCGAACAAGUUGAGAAUGGUCCCUGUCCUUAUCUACAGAAUUGUUAAAUUGUUUUUCUUUUUCAUAUUGGCUUUACCUGGUGCCAUCUUGUUUUCCCCUGUUUUCUUGACUUCUAAGCUUAUCUCGAAGAAGAAGGCUAAGCAAGCGUUGGCCGCAUCCACCGUCAAGAUCAACGCUAAUGACGUUGUUGCUACCUGGAAGAUUCUUAUUGGAAUGGGUUUAGCUCCUGUUGUCUACAGCUUCUAUGCAUUUAUUGGUACUUGGUAUUGUUACAAAAAUGACAUUUUGCAAAAUCAUAGAUUAGUUCUUGUUUGGAUUUUCAUCUACAUGUGCGGUGUUCUUGUCACUUACUCGGCAUUGAUAACAGGAGAGCAAGGCUUAGAUUUGUUAAAGUCUAUCCGUCCACUUUAUCUUUCCAUUACUUCAGGCUCUUCGGUUAAGGAAUUGAAGAAGGCAAGAAAUGAAUUGAGUGAAGAUAUUACAGAAUUGGUUAACACUUUUGGUCCACAGUUGUAUCCAAAGGAUUUCAACUUGUUGGAGAUCAAAGAACAAUUGAAUAUGAAGGAAGGUGUUAAUUAUAUUGACAGUGAUGAAGAAGAAGACAGAAAGACAGAAGAGUUGAAGAACCGAAGACUCAGAAAGCGUAAAGACGCUAAGAAGGCUAAGAAAGAGGCUGAAUCCGUUCAUGAAUUUGAAGUCAAACUCUCCACAAGAUCUUCGUCAGUCUCAGACGGUAUUUCUUUAAUGAAUUCUGAUAAUUCUUUAACUAACAUCCCCAUGUUUUCUGAUUAUCAGUUACAUCACAAUAUCAAGAAUCCAGACCUUAUUCUUGAACAACAAUCUGCAUUGCCAUCUACAGUAAAUUCAACAAGGAACUCUACUGCAUCCAUAUAUGAUGAUUAUAGACACACACAAAUUGACCAGCCUCAUUUACGUCCAUCCAACCUAUCAAGACAAGUAUCCAGCGACCAAAUGGAAUUCAACUUUUCUUCAAAGGUCGAACCAAGGAAGAUGAACCUCUCUGAUAAGAUAAAGAGCAGAUUGAGAGAAAAUAGAGGAACUGACAAACACUAACCACCUAGACCUACGCUAUUUAGUAGAUUCUAUAAUACAUUUUUAAAUACAGAUUAUACCUAAUU